CACCACGCUCUCCCCCGCCGUCAGAUGGUAAAGAUCCUGUUAGGAGCUCCUGGCUAGAUUCUGAUCCAAUCUCUAAUCUCGUGACGAGGACAUGUCUUCCCACCAAACAAAGCCACCGCACUACGAGCCGCGAAACGUCGAAAUCGAUGGUCUUGCUGAACAGGCCGACGACGACGCUCUGAGACCUCAUGGACGCCCGUCGCACGCAGGCGUCGAAGGCCCAAGCUUCAAGGAAUGGGUCUUCAUUGUCUCGGCCUGCGUCAUUGGCGGGUACUGGCUCGCCUCAUUCCUCUACAAGCCCGCAAAGGCAACCCUUGACAUCACCUGAUAGCCUUUUGCCAUGCUGCUAGAAUACCCCAUCAAACCGCGCGGUCAAUGACGGGCCGUCGGCUCGACAGGCCUCUCUUUCGGUGCCCAUCUUUCGCCAUGAACACAUGCGUCUAAUUCAUCAUGCAAUGGCAACAGACACACAGAGCAAAAUGUGUUACUUCGCCUCACGUCCAGCGGCAAUCGCAUCAGCAACUGCUUGCUCUACGAUUCCUUCUUUGGCUCUGAUGCCGAGAUCCUUCAUGUUUUGCCUGACACGCUCUCGUUUGAAGGUGGCUACGUCUGCGUACCGUACUUGCCUACCCAGGAUGACCGAUGUGAUGACCUUGCCAUAGCCCGGUCCAAUCUGCCCGCUCUUGUACAAGGCCAGACCAUCGGCCAAUUGCACGUCAGAAUCAAUAGCAG